UCCUUCUUCAUUUAGAUGAUUAGAUCUGUCUUCGCGAAGUUUUAGUUUUCUUCUUCUUCAGUAAUUUCUCUUAUUUUUGUUUGUUUUUUUUUUUUUUCCAGAAGAAUAAAGCUUGAACAAAUAACAAUUAUCUGAGUUUUUUCUUCUUCAUUAAUCAUCAAGAUGAGCAACAUAAGCAUGGUGGAGGCGAAGUUGCCACCGGGGUUUCGGUUUCAUCCGAGAGAUGAAGAACUGGUUUGUGAUUACUUGAUGAAGAAGAUGAAUCACUGUGACAUUCUUCCCUUGAUUGAAGUUGACCUCAACAAGUGUGAGCCCUGGCAUAUUCCUGAGACUGCAUGUGUUGGAGGAAAGGAAUGGUAUUUUUACAGCCGGCGAGAUCGAAAAUAUGCAACAGGACUAAGAACAAAUCGAGCCACAGCAUCUGGGUACUGGAAAGCCACAGGGAAAGAUAGAGAGAUUAAGCAAAAAGGCACUCUUGUUGGGAUGAGAAAAACUUUGGUUUUUUACCAAGGGAGAGCUCCGAAAGGAAGAAAAACUGAUUGGGUUAUGCAUGAGUUCAGAAUGGAAGGACCUUCUGGUCCUCCUAAAGUUUCUUCUCUCAAGGAAGAUUGGGUGUUGUGUCGAGUGUUCUACAAAAAUAGAGAUCAAGUUGCUGCCCAACUAAGCAUGGGAACAAGAACAAGCUGCAGUUAUGAAGACACAGGCUCUUCAUCUCUCCCACCAUUAAUGGAUUCUUACAUCACUUUUGACCAAACUCAAGCAAAUAAUAAUCUAAAUGAGCUUCAUCAGCAAGUGUCCUGCUUCUCCAUUUUCUCCCCAAACCAAAUGACCAACCCCAUUUUCUCUCAUCAUUUUGAACCAAAGAAUACUGACAUUGUUUCUAAUUCCCAAUUUGGCCAAAUAUUUCCAGGAUUAGAAUCUUUCCAUUCCUGUGACGAUAACAAGGUAAUUAAAGCUGUUUUGAACCAGCUUACCAAAGUUGAAAGCAAUAAUGAUAAUAUUAUUCCUAAUAAUAUGAAAGGAUCACCUCCAAGCUCUGAAAGCUUGUUAUCUGAAGUGGGUAUGCCCGACAUGUGGAAUAAUAGUCAUUAUUAGUUAAUGAUAUGUAUUUAGGCUAUGAAAUAUUGUAGAACAUGGAGCAUGCAUGUAUCUCCAUCUCCAUUAUUAAAACUUGUAAAGGAAUAUAUAGUAAUAUAUAUAUCGAAUUUUUCCUUUGUUACUUAAUUUUAGACUAAAAUUUAUACUUCUAUUUGCAUUAUCGAUAGGGACAAAACUUUGUAUUGCUACAAGCAAAAUU